GCAACUUUCCUGACGUCAUUUGCACAGUUCAGUACGCCCUUAUUCUUUCAACCUUGUUGCAGCCUGCGUUUCUCUCUCUCUUUCUCUCACACGCUGUUGAAACGGGGUGGGGCCUCAAGCAAAUCCGUUGCUAGCACUAAACUACAGUGCAGGGCGAUUUCUAAUCAGGAAGUAAGGAAGGAAACGACCUUAGCAAAGGGAACGAUUCAGAACAGAACAUCAUACUUGUGCAGGAAACUAGAAGCACACCCGUCCAUAUUUACACUUACUUACGCAUAAAGAGAUACGAAAGGUGAUUUUUUUUUAUUUAAAUUUUUAUUACGUUACACAUUUAGGAAGGUAAACUCCCAAAACAACGUUGUUUUUUUUUUUUUAAUACAGAUCUAGGUUAUUUUAUACCGUCUUAUUGUAUAUAUAUAUAUAAAACAAACACAUUAAUAUACAAUAUAUAUAUAUAUAUAUAUAUAUAUAUUAAUUUUAUUUUGACGGUUGUGAUACGUCAGUAACCAUACCGCCAUGGCAGACGCAGAGUUACCGCAAGUGGAACUUUUUGUAAAGGCGGGGCUCGAUGGGCAGAGCAUUGGAAACUGUCCCUUCUCUCAGCGACUCUUCAUGGUGCUGUGGCUCAAGGGAGUCACUUUCAACGUGACCACCGUGGACAUGAGGAAGAAGCCGGAGGUGCUGAAGGACCUGGCUCCCGGCGCUCAGCCCCCCUUCCUCCUCUACGGCACGGAGGUGAAGACUGACACCAACAAGAUUGAGGAGUUCCUGGAGGAGAACCUGAGCCCUCCCAAGUUCCCCAAACUGGCAGCUAAGAACCCCGAGUCAAACACAGCCGGUCUGGACGUCUUCUCCAAAUUCUCAGCCUACAUCAAGAACUCCAACCCUGCCAUGAACGACACUCUGGAGAAGGGGCUGCUCAAAGCCCUGGCGAAGCUGGAUGGAUUCCUGAGUACUCUGCUUCCGGAGGAGAUUGAUGAGAACAGCGCGGAGGACGAGAGCGUCUCGACUCGCCACUUCCUCGACGGAGACGAGCUCACGCUGGCCGACUGCAACCUGCUGCCCAAACUGCACAUCGUCAAGGUGGUGUGCCUGAAGUACCGCGGGUUCGAGAUCCCGCGCUCGCUCUCCUCUCUCUGGCGCUAUCUGGACUCUGCUUAUGCCAGGGAGGAGUUCUCUUCAACCUGCCCGGCCGACCUGGAGAUCGAGCAGGCCUACACGUCCGUAGCACGAGCGCUGAAAUAACGGGACACAGAGGCAGGGACAGACACACGCAUCACCCACGCGCUUGUUUAUAGUGUUUAUUUAUUUCUCGUUUUUCUUUCUGCCCGUCUCUGUAGUGUUCACGAGGACUCUGUAUUGACUCCCAUGUAGUGUAGACCUUCUCUUCUAAACUGCACAGGAGCGAAGGGAUCAACCAGGAAGUUUGAUCAUGAUUAUUUAUGCUCAAGAUAUAUCGGGUUAACAUUAUGGGGGUGUGAGUGUUUUUUAUUUUUUUUUUAAUCUUCCAAGUGCUAUAAAUAUACACACAUGUGCACGCACACUCACACUGAGACACAAGUUAAAAUCUUUGAUUGCUAUACUUUUGCAAAGAUAGGAUUGUGUAGAUGCAGUGAGAAAUAAAUAUAUUAUAUACAAGGCAUUUCAUAUUGGCUGAUGGAUUUGUAAUAUAGACUGCACUUAUACACAAAAACAUAAAGGGAACAUUUGAAUUCUCAAAGGGACCAAGCAAUUGUAAUUGAUCAGUUAGUUCAGUUACACACCUUUCCAAGCGCAAUCAUUCACAGUUCCUCGUUGCGUUUCACAUUGAGCAAACGUUCUCGUAUUUUCAACCCCUUUUAAGUGACCCCGUUUGUUUGAAAAACGUUCUAUAGUAUGCUUGUGUAUUUGUACCUGCGAUUCCUGCUUUGGUAGAAUGAACAGAGUAAGCUUGUUCAUGUGUGGAGCUAUGUAUCCUACAAUUCAGUGUAAUUAUAAAUGCAAUUACUGCAGCAUAUCUGUAACUAAUUGAACACAGUAGCAUUGUAAGUGCAAUUUCAGCAAACAGUGAGGCUGUCAUUGUAAUAAUUGACUCCAGAUCUGUGACCAAGUGACUAGCUAACUCCUUUCUGAGUUUCAGUAAUACAGGAGGGGUCUCUCCCUCUCCCUCUCCCUCAUCUGAUAAAAUAAAAAUACAUUUGUCUUAAUAGAGCACGUAGCUUUAAAUUCCGUCUACAGUCUCUGCCCACUAGGUGGCGCUGGUUCUUGCUGCUGUACAGACACGUUGGCUACUUGUGUAACAAGUACAGUCUAUGGAAAAGGAAGUGUGUAUAAACCUAAACGAAGCCAGCACCUUGCCUCACAUCCAGCUCUGCGUCUUCUUUAAGUGGGAAAGUCCAUUUGAAUGAAUACAGGGCUCCAAAAAGAGAUUUGCUUUAAAAAAUAGAAAUACAAUCGCUGAGGUCCACCGCAUAUGAAAAGUUUGAAUUGUUAACUUUUCUUGUAUGAAGGUAAAGCUGCCAGCUAGAACUGAAACAGCUCCUGCAUUCAGAUUAAACACAACAGAGUUUAUCAAAGGGCUUUUAAACUCUGUUUUUAGGAACUGUAAUAAGAAAGAUGGGCAACAUCGUAAAAGAAGUGAUUAGAAGCUCCUUUAAAAAGACUUUAGCUUAAGUGUUUUUUUUUUUGUUUGUUUGUUUUUGCCAGACAAAUAAUAGCGUGACCCGUCCCUUUAAUUGUUAUGACUUCAGUAAUUCUGUUUUUUUGUUAAGAUGUUUGAUUCUGGGAGUGAACAGGUUCAGUGUUUUCUGUUCAGUGGGUGGUUAUCCUCCUCGUGUUUAGUUUUAAAGCCUGUUUUUCAUAAGUGCCUUUUGUAAAAACCGUCCCCAAUAAAACUCUGUUUCAGAA